AUGACCGCGGCCCCGCGAGUUUUGGCACUGGCCACUCUGCUGGCGGUCGGGGCUCAGACGCUGUCCUACGGCGGCUCAGACGGCCGUCACGCUGCUGCUGGCGUUGAACGGUACACGAAACUCGAUCGGUUCCUGCACGAUCGACUGGGUCUGGCCGGCGUCUUCGGCGGUGGUGGCGUUGGCAACCGGUCCAGCCCCCCGGCACCGACCACCGACCGAGGACUGUUGUCCAGGACGGCUACGGCCAGCGCUGCCGUACCCGAGGACGAAGACGACGACGGUGCGGAUAACGAAGAAGACGGCGAUGACGACGAUGAUGACGACGAGGAGGAGGAGCAGGACGAGAAGGACCUGGUGACUCCCGGGCCGUUGGUUAGGCUGCGGCACAGGAACGCGGCUGCGGUGGCGGCAGAGAAGGACUUAGACGUAUACGGAAAGGACAUCCAGAAACACGAACCUGCUAGAACCAUGUCACCGCUAUCAGAAAAUAAAUGGAAAUUUCUUGGUUCUAGAAAGACUGUAGAAGAAACUUUUCGUAGUUCACACAGAAUCAGCUUGUUACAAGGGCAAGGGGAUAGUGAAGGAGGUGAAGCUUACAAGCAUCAAAUGAGAAUUUCGAAAGAGGCAUCUUGCAAAGUACCUAGAUCUCGAGUGAUCAAGGUUACUGACAUAUACCCCAGCUCGAAUAAGAAAUAUUUACCUGCGUGUACAGUGCUUCAUGUUUGCGCUGAAGAUACGGGUUGUUGUAACAGUCCAACGUUGAAGUGCGGGCCGAAGACUUCACAACCAAUUUAUUUGCCCUUCCUAGUUUACACUUUACCCGGACUUGGAGACCGGCAGUCACCCGAGCAAUCGUCAUACCAGAAAUCGUUACUUUUUUACAACCAUACCGAGUGCGAGUGCCAGUCAAGAACCGACGACUUGAUGCCCAGAGAUACGAUGCCGACUGCCUCCAUGGUUGCCCCGGAUCAGCCAGUACCAUUCAGGCACAGACCAGAAAAAAAUAAUCAGAACAGUUGCAAGUGCCCCACGGAAUACACUGUACGUUAUUCAACCAACGGUUCAUGUUCGUGUGACUGUUUCGACAAACAACGAGAAUGCAUCCGAUACAAGAAAGGCAACGUGUAUUUUAACCAUCACGAUAAGUACUGCAUUACAUCGGGUCAGUGUUUGUUGCCAAUGUGUGAGUAUGGUGUUUACUCUACCAGAACCGGACGUUGCCCAAAACAAUUUGAGACUCUAUAUUCAUUAAAUAAAAAACAUUUCUUCUAAGUACCUCUAAUCAUACUUGAGACUUGUAGUUUGUUUUAUAGAAACAUAAUAUAUAUUCCUUCACAUACACAAUAUACUUAUAAUAUAAAGGUAUGUGUGUAUAUGUAUAUAAAUAUAUAAUACAAUAUCUACCUAAUAAUGUGUUCAGUGAUGUGUUCGCAUUUUUGUUUAGUUUGUAACUUAUUACAACUUUUUUAAGUGUAUAAUUAAUAAAUAAACAUAAUAAAUGUUAAAAGUCACUCUUAGUGAUAUGUAUUUAUAUGAUUUGUACAUUUUUAUU